AUGCGCCAGCACUGCCGUGAUGGCUCUGCUUUAGGGGACAAGCGCAGUCUGCAAAUAGAGCGGCACGUUCAGCCAGGAAGGUCACAGUGCAACCCGGACGCUGCCAGCCGAUUAGCUGACGAGCAUGCACUGAUAGCAACCUACGUGAACCGGCUGCAGAGCGGUGCACGAUACGGUGAUGACGAUGAUGAUGAUGAUGAUGAUGAUGAUGAUGAUGAUGAUGGGGGCAGGGGUGAAAUGUUCCCAGACAUUGCCAUUUACCACACCGCAGGAAGCAAUGCUCAGGGAAAGUUUCAGCUGUGGAACCAGAAGCUGAGAUAUGGGAAGGUCAAUGUUUCAUUAAAAGACUUUUUGAUACAGCCUCGCCCACCAACAGACCUGGGUUUCAGCUUUGAUGCCAAUAAACAACAAAGACAGCUGAUAGCAGAGCUGGAAAACAAAAACAGAGAGAUACUCCAAGAAAUUCAGCGCCUCAGGCUGGAACAUGAACAAGCCUCGCAACCCACCCCUGAGAAGGCCCAGCAGAACCCAACUUUGUUGGCCGAACUCCGGCUUCUACGACAGAGGAAGGAUGAAUUGGAACAGAGGAUGUCUGCGCUUCAAGAAAGCAGAAGAGAACUGAUGGUGCAGCUUGAAGGGCUGAUGAAACUGCUCAAAAGAGUCUUGCUAGGUGAGCUCAUAGUUGAUGACUAUAGUCUGAAACGCUAUUAUGCGUUUAUUCUUCCCGUUCUUUAA